AUGUAUUGGCGUCUUUGCACCCAUGACGAAGAGGACGACUUCUAUGCAACCUUUUGGGAGAAGGAUAGUUACGCUCGCAAGCUCGAGUACGCGAACGCCUUUACGCGAGGUGCUCGGCCUCGAUGCAAGAAGAUAGAAGAAACCCAGCGGGCUGCGGAUUCUUCACGCACUUCUCAGAACGA